UGUAAAGUAGAAGAUGAGGACAUCACACAGUAUAGUCCAGGAGAAAACCCGACUACCUCAAAUGUCCAUCCGGCACCAAACAGAUGCUUUGGACUAAAAUCCACUCUUGUCACACAUCAAAUGUCUCACAGGGGGGAAAAGCCGUAUUCCUGCCCUGAGUGCGGGAAAUGUUUCUCCAAGAAAUCCGUUCUCACGGGACAUCAAAGACUGCACACGGGGGAAAAGCCGUAUUCCUGCCCUGAGUGCGGGAAAUGUUUCUCCAAGAAAUCCGUUCUCACGGGACAUCAGAGACUGCACACGGGGGAAAAGCCGUAUUCCUGUUCUGAGUGCGGGAAAUGUUUUAGACACAAAUCAUCUCUUCAUGCACAUAAAAUGUCUCACACAGGGGAAAAGCCGUAUUCCUGCCCUGAGUGCGGGAAAUGUUUUUCCAUGAAAUGCCAUCUCAACAGCCAUCAGAAAUUGCACACAGGAGAGAAGCCGUAUUCCUGUUCUCAGUGCGGGAAAUGUUUUGUUGACAAAUCACAUCUUGUUACACAUCAAAGGUCUCACACGGGGGAAAAGCCGUAUUCCUGUCCUGAGUGUGGCAAAUGUUUUUUAUAUAAAUCGAUUCUUGUCACACAUCAAAGAUCUCACACAGGGGAGAAGCCUUUUUGUUGUUCAGAGUGCGGGAAAUGUUUUAUAAUAAAAUCUGAUUUGGUCACACAUCAGAGAUCUCACACGGGGGAGAAGCCAUAUUGUUGUCCUGAGUGCGGGAAAUGUUUUGCCACUAAGUCAUAUCUUUGCAAACAUCAAAGGACUCACACGGGGGAAAAGCCGUUUUCCUGUUCUGAGUGCGGAAAAUGCUUUGAACUAAAAUCAAGUCGUGGCACACAUGAAAGGUCUCACAUGCAGGAGAAGCCGCAUUCCUGUCCUGAGUGCGGGAAAUGUUUUUUAUAUGAAUCGCAACUUGUCAGACAUCAAAGAAUUCACACAGGAGAGAGGCCUUUUUGUUGUUCAGAGUGCGGGAAAUGUUUUUUAGAUAAGUACGCUCUUAAUACUCAUCAGAAACUGCACACAGGUGAGAAGUUAUAUUCCUGUUCUGAGUGUGGGAAAUGUUUUAUGAAAAAAAAUGAUUUGGUCACACAUCAGAGAUCUCACACGGGGGAGAAGCCAUAUUCCUGCCCUGAGUGCGGGAAAUGUUUUUCCAGGAAAUCCCUUCUCACGAUCCAUCAGAUAUUGCACACAGAUGAGAAGCCAUAUUCCUGCCCUGUGUGUGGAAAAUAUUUUUCACAGAAUUCCAGUCUUCACAGACAUCGGAGAUCUCACACGGGGGAGAAGCCAUAUUCCUGCCCUGAGUGCCGGAAAUGUUUUUCACAGAAGUCCGAUCUUUCCAGACAUCGGAGAUCUCACACGAGGGAG